UAAUUAUAUUAUUUCUUCACCCUCCCAUAAUAGCAUAGCUUUCAAUUUUUGCUUAUUGACUUGAAUGCUCUGUGAAGGUUUUUAUUGCCAAUACCAACUGCCUAAUCAUGCUACAGCUACCAACCAUGGGUUACCAGGAAACACUAUGUAUUUGUUUGUGAUGUCACUGCAGACCCCUUUAUUAUUUUAUUACAUAGAGUAAACAUUCGUUGGAUGUAUUUAGUAUUCAGAAACUGGUCUGCAAGCUUAGUUCAAGAGCGGUUCAGAAACAAAAAUGAAAUAUUUGUUCAUGCUAUCUUUUUUCUUUUUUCUUUUUUCCAAAAAAUAAUAGGACAAAAGGAGGGUAGUCUCCUCCUUGAUCUGAAUAACCUUAUCUAUGUUUCAAAUGGAAAACAGAUUAAUCUGAAGAUACCUUACAGACAUGAAAUUUUAGGACCUAGGAAAGCUUCCAUUUGAUGUAGCACUUAAAUGUUCAUGAUUAGUGUCAUGACUAAAGCAUGUACCACAGUUUUCUUAAUGUUGUGGACCCCCUCAUGCUUGGCAUUGCAAUGACGAGUGUUGAUAUUGGACUUUUGACUUCUUCAAGGUCCUCUUGGAUGUGAAUUAGGGUAUGUUCGGGAUAUUUUUUAAAAAUCAAUUUUCCCAAAUUCAUUUUCAACCACAUAUCCAAAAAAAUAAUUUUUCACGUGGAUCCAUAACUUUUCGCUACUUUUUAACCACAUAUUUUCCAAAAAAAUCAUUUUUCAUGUGGAAAAAUUUCUCUUAAUGAAAACUUAAUGUUUAGAAAUAUUGACUUUCUGUACUAAAGGUUAUCUAUCACCGUUAUCUUUGAUGUGGGAAUUGACAACUUUUUAUCUUUUAUAAUGCAUAUGCUUUGAAAUCACUCAUUUUUUGUUACUAGUUCCUGUUCUAUUGUUUGGGAGAAUAUAUCUAAUCCAAAUUUAGUUUUCAUUCAGAUAGUUUAAAAUACUAACUAAUGAUCUGUUCAUCUCUUACGUUAAUUUCUGUUGAUUUCAAAUGAUAACACGCAACAGGACAUACCGGAACAAGGUAGCUAGUAGGGAAUAUGUACCCUGGCCCAUAGAGAUCAGGUUCUGUGAGCCUAAUACUUCCACCAAUCAGACUAAGUCUCCUGCGAGCUUAAGGUAUUGGUUUAGAGCGAAAGGAAAACUUUCUGAUGACCAGGCUUUGCAUAGCAGAUGUGUUGCUGCAUAUACUUCAGAUCUCAUAUUUCUUCAAGUAAGCAUGAAUCCUCAUCGUGAAAAGGGUUUGAAGUCGUCAACUGUGAGCCUGGAUCACUCGAUGUGGUUCCACAGGCCUUUUAGGGCUGAUGACUGGGUGCUAUAUGUGAUUUAUAGUCCCAGUGCUCAUGGUGCACGAGGGUUUGUUUCAGGACAAAUGUUUACAAGGAAUGGAGAGCUUGUUGCAUCACUGACUCAAGAGGGCUUAUUGAGGAUGGCCAGAACUGCCAAAUCUAAAUUGUGAAAUUCCCUCGUAGUGCAUUCAGAAGAGGAACAUUUUGCAAAUUCGGCAACCAUUAUUCAGGUUUUAGUGGUUUCUUGAAAUGGGUAUGGUUCUAAUCACAGGUCAACAUUUUAAAUAAGCAGCAGCAGAAUGAUCUGUGGUUUAGAUUUAUAACCUUGAUGAAAUAAGUGGGUCGUUUCCUUUCGGACAUGUUUCUAUAUAUUCAUGAACUAUAUAUGGUUUCAGUAGCAUCAAAAUAAUCCUUCGUGUAACAUGAAGUGUUUAAAGCAUGUCUAAUGCCUUUUGGUUUGCGACAUGAAGUGUAGAGUUUCUACUUUCUAUAGUCGUUUAGAUGAGGCAUAUUCCGAGAGAAGCGUUUAACUGUUCAUAGAACUCUUAUGCCUAUUGGCUGUAAUUUUUUAUUUGUUUUGGAACCGCAGUUGGGAGAAUAGGAACAUAAUCUAUUACGGAUUUAUGCUGUUUAACA